CCGCCAGCUUCCUCACGGACACCCCCACGUGUCCCCCUCGCCAAAACUGGACCCCAGCCCCAGAGCCGGGGCAUUCCUGUCUCUUCCUGCUCUUGUGUUUGCUGCCCAUGGGCUGGAACUUCCAACGCAAAGGAGGGGUCACCGGGGCCCUGAUCCUCCGGUUGGUGGUUUUCCGUCCGGGAGAGUGGAUCCCACCUGAAGAAUUCAUUCGACUAUCUUUGGGGUUUGUCGGUAUUAUUGAGAAUACUAGAACCGACGACCAUGGCUUCCUAAAUAGAGUCUGAAACCUAUCUGGGGUUUUGAUCUAAUUCCUCCUUAAUUCAUUAGGUGAAACCAUGAAAGAAUUGCCUUCCUGAAUUAACUGCGAGCUGUGCAGUUGCACUUGACAGAUGAAAUGAAUCAUCUUUAUUAAAAUGUUGCAACAGUU